GAGAGACGCGCACUUGUAGCGCGCUUUAAAUCUGGGAAUAAACACAUUAGGAUCGCGUGCUGAAACUGUAGGAUGACUUUUAGGUAAACAUCUGUGUAACACAUGGAAUAUUCUAGAAAUCGUUUGGAUGUGUAAAGCCGUGCCAUGCAGGGGAACAGCAGCGCGUUGGCACCGGGUUUAGCGUCGUGCGGUCCGGCUUUAUAUGAGAGCGAUGCGCUGCAGAACCGGACUCUCCAGAACCUGUCCCUGCGCUGCUGGCUGCAGCUGCUCUCUAGAGAGUCCGCGCCGGAGCUCUACGGCGACAGCUCCAGCAUGGCCAUGCGCGUCGUGAUCGCGCUCGUCUACCUUAUCGUGUGCGCACUGGGGCUGGUCGGGAACCUGUUGGCGCUUUACCUGCUCCAGACGCGCCACAGACUCAAGCAGUCUUCCAUCAACUGCUUCGUCAUGAGUUUGGCCGUGACCGACCUGCAGUUCGUCCUGACGCUUCCAUUCUGGGCCGUGGACACCGCUCUGGACUUCAGAUGGCCGUUUGGGAAGGUGAUGUGCAAGAUCAUCAGCUCGGUCACCACUAUGAACAUGUACGCCAGCGUCUUCUUCUUGACGGCCAUGAGCGUGGCGCGCUACUGCUCUCUGUCCUCUUCUUUACGCAUGCAGAGUCCCAAAACUGCCUCGGCGGAGGUCAAGUGGGCCAGUUUGGGGAUCUGGAUCGUGUCCGUGGUGGCCACCAUCCCGCACGCGGUAUACUCGACUACCGCGCAAGUGUCCGACGACGAGCUGUGCCUCGUGCGCUUUUCGGACUCGGGUAGCUGGGACCCGCAGCUGCUUCUGGGUCUUUAUCAGACACAAAAGGUGCUUUUGGGUUUCGUGAUCCCGCUGGUCAUCAUCUGUGUGUGUUACCUGCUCCUGCUGCGCUUCGUCUUGCGGCGGCGGGUGACCGGGAUCCCCGGCUCGGAGAGCGAGAGAGGGAGGCACAAGCGCCGCUCCAAAGUCACCAGAUCGGUCACCAUCGUGGUCUUGUCCUUCUUUUUGUGCUGGCUGCCCAACCAGGCGCUCACCUUGUGGGGGGUGCUGAUCAAAUUCGACCUGGUGCCCUUCAGUAACGCGUUUUAUAACGCGCAAGCCUACGCGUUCCCAAUCACCGUGUGUCUGGCGCACACCAACAGCUGCCUGAACCCGGUGCUGUACUGUCUGAUCCGGCAAGAGUACCGCACCGGACUCAAAAAGCUGCUGUUUAGAGCCACGCCGUCCAUCCGGAGCCUGGCCAAGCUGGUGUCCCGCGGGAAGAAGGUGGCGGAAGCUCCGGCCGGGGUGGCCGUGGUGCAGAUGGAGAUCGGGAUGUGACGUCAGGAUAAAGAGAUGCACUUUAAACUUUUAAACGCAUCUUUGUACACCUCUCCUCCGCGACACGGAUUUUUAAAUAUCAGACAUUAAUGAUCCAAAAUGAAACUGGUUCAAAGUUUGGACACACUUUCCGCGAUUCUGAUGAAGGCAUAUUGGUUUUUUAUUAUUAUUUAUACACUCUUUAAAAAUAAGUUCCAUAGAGAAUUUUGGUUCCUCAAAUGACGUUUCUUA